AUGUACAACGAUGCGGUGACAACGUCGGUGUACGGGUAUGUUGUGCCUGUGCCGUUAACGAAUGGCGGCUGCUCAACGAUGCUAUCUGUCAUUAGCGCCCUGGAGGAACUAGACCGAAUAGGCGCGCGUGUCUUUAGCAAUAUUGAAACGGCAGUGCAUAGAUCUCGCGAGACGCUGGAAGGACUUCAAGGACGUAUUGAGGUUUGUGCUGCUCGUGUUGAGCAACUGCAGGGUCGACGUGAGGCUCUUGUGGUAAAGAGCAAGGCCCGCUUUCCGUGCCGACGGCAUGAAAUAUUGCCGCUUGUGCAGGCGCCAUUGGAAAAACGUGCGGAACUUGUGCGGCGUAGACAGCACGUUGUGCCUGCGCUGCUCUCCGUUGACGAGUCAAACAGUGAGUCGGAUGACUCGGAGGAAGAUGUGUAUGGUGUGGGCCUCGAAAAUAUCAACAGUAAGAGGAGGAGCAAGAGCGAAGAGGAACGGCGUGAUGCCCUGGAACGCAUAAACUUUUAUCAGAGGCCUGUCAGACGCCUUGAGGGGACGGCGGAGGACCAGCGACCAGUGAAGCCGCUGCACCCGCUGCAGCACUCGGAUUUGGGCAAUUUGAUGCCCUUGGUGGCAACGUGGCGUUACCACAGUGGCGUGGAUCGGGGCCUCGGUCGGCUUCCGCAGCAUCUAACAAGCGUUAGCUCGCUGCUUCUCUUCAACACCCGUGAGAACCUGUACAAGGAGUACCACGAGCUGGACGUCUUGACGCAGCAGCGCCAGGAGCGCAUUGUGGCUACUAAGCGGCGGCUUGGUGGAGCAGCGGAUGUGCACCGCGACUACAUGACGCGGUUCUCUUCGGAUGAGUACGCUUUUGUCCCACUCAUGGAGGAGGUAGCGAACCUCAUGGAGGACCUCCCUGAAGACCUACCCCUGGAGGGCAUUGCCGAGGUUAGCUGGCACGCAUACACACUGGAGGACGCGGACAACAUCGCCCCAAGUUGGCAGCGGCGGCUGGGUGAGGAAAGCGAGGUGACAACUGAGAACGGCAUGAUCCCUCCGCGUGAGGGGAGAAAAUCAAGGCAGACACUAGCCAUCACCUCAGCCUCAACAACAGUAUCACCCCCUGCCAUCAUCGGCCCGUCUGCUGCAGCUGCACCACCCCCACCACCGCCCCCACCGCCACUGCUUGGAUUGGCGCCCGCCGGCAAAACCCCGCCACCGCCGCCUGGUUUUAAGGGUGCAAAUGCUCCACCGCCACCGCCACCGCCACCGCCGCCACCACCACUGACGGCGGGUAAGAUGAAGGUUCCACCACUGCCACAGAAUGUCCCUCCACCACCACCACCACUACCACCAGGGGCAACUGUGGCGAGAGCCCUUCCUGUGCUCGGCAAUGCUCCUCCCGCUCCGCCACCACCACCACCGCCCCCGCCCCCCAAGGUGGUUGCGGCGAAAGCGGUGCCCAAAGCCGCACCAAAGAGCAACUUGGAUGCACUGUCCUCCCUUCUCGCAAACCGCCGCAGGGGGAUUCUAGGACUGCACUCAGACGAUGAUGACGAGGACGCACUUCGCACCGGCCCUACGAAAAGUCUGCGGUCUGGCAAAGAGACAACACAAUCAGCAGGAGGAGCGCCGGCGCUACCUGCUUCUAAAUCGACACCACCGCCACCACCACCACCGGUUCCGGGUAAAUUGCCUCCGCGGCGUGUGGAUGAUGAUGAUGAUUGGUAA